AUGGGGAUGUGUGUGUGCACCUUUGCCCCUGUUGUACACGAAGUGUCACCUUGGGCUCAAGAGGGGCCUCACAUGCACAGGACUGUCUGUCAAGGGCCAUCGAGUGAUAGCAAUGACAGUGAGUCCUUUGGCUGUCAGGAUGGACAGGAAACCCAUACCUCCCCUAAGCUGGUCAAGUUCCUGUUUGGGGACUUGGUGGGGCUGUCAGCAGGCCUACCACGCCAGCCUGCUUACACCGCCACUUGCCUUGGCAUCUAUACUGUGCUAUUUCAACGUCUGACUAGGGCUGAUGAUACAACCCCUAGUUUUCUGUUGAAGGUCCUGAUUGGCAUGACUGCAGGUCCCACUGGUGCCUUUGUAGGAACAUCAGCUGAGGUGGCUCUUACCCACAUCAUGGCCAAUGGCCUGCUUUCAGCUGACCAGUGCUAUGGCUACAAAAAUGUGUUCAAUGCCCUGAUUCAAAUUUCCUGGGAGGAGGGAUCCACACUAUGGACGGGCUGCAUCCCUACCAUGGCUCAGGUAGUUGUCGUCAAUGCUGCCCAGCUCACCUCUUACUCUCAAUCUCAGCAGUUCUUACUAGACUCAGGCUAUUUCUCAGACAACAUCCUAUGCCACUUUUGUGCCAGCAUGAUCAGUGGCCUUGUCCUUACUACUGCCCCCAUGCCUGUGGACAUUGUCAAGACCCAGAUCCAGAACAUGAGAAUGACUAAUGGGAAGCCAGAAUACAAAAACAGGCUGCAUGGGCUGGUGAAAGUCAUUCACUAUAAAGGCAGGCAAAGGGCCUGGAGCUGGUAUGCUGGGGUUUCCAUUGCCUGCUACUCCUAUAGUCACUGUGCCCCUCGGAGGCCUGGACUACUGCCCUGGGCUCCUUUAAUUAUUUUCCCUCCACAGUGUGGUUCCUUCCUCUGCAGUAAAUAA